AUGUGCUGCUGCUCUUGCAUCGACACUGGCUCUGUGGGGGUCAUCCAGAAGUUCGGAGAGUACCAGGGCCUGCAAGAUCCAGGAUGCAUGUGCAUCAACUGGUGCGUGACCUCCGUGCAGCAAGUGUCGCUGGCGGUGCAACAAGUGAGCUGUCACUCGGACUGCAAAACCAAAGACAACGUCACUGUCACGGUGGUGACUGCGAUACAGUACCGCAUCCAGAAGGACAUGGUGAAGGUGGCCAUCUUCGACGUGGCCAGCCCCACCGAGCAGAUCAAGGCCGAGGUGGACAGCGUGCUGCGCUCCACGCUGCCUGGCAUGACUCUGGACGAGAGCUACGAGGCCAAGGAGAAGAUGGUGGGCGAGAUCCUCGAGUCUGUGAAGGGGGCCAUGGGGAAGUAUGGCUACGAAAUCCUGAACGUUCUGAUCACCGACGUGAGGCCUGAGCGUUCCGUGAUGGACGCCAUGAACGAGAUCAACGCGUCCCGGCGCCAACGCGAGGCGGCCUUUGAGAGAGGUGAGGCAGAGAAGAUGCUGAAGAUCAAGGCGUCUGAGGCAGAUGCGGAAGCCAAGCGCCUGGCCGGCGUGGGCAUGGCCAACAUGCGGGCGGCCAUGGCGCAGGGCUUCCAAGACUCCAUGAGGUUCAUGAAGGAGUCCGGGAUGUCGGAGCAUGAAGCGAUGCACAUGAUGAUCAUGACGCAGUACCUGGAUACAUUGAAAGAGUUCUCCGGGAGCCACGGGUCCAUCAUCGUGCCCCACGGGCCCUCGGCCAUCAAGGACCUCGAGAGCCAAAUCCGGGAGGGCUUCCUCUCGGCCGCCCCGCAGCAGAAGAUGGGUGGCCUCUUCGGCUAA